AGGCGAGUUGAUCCCCGGGGUGUGGAGUUCUGGUACUGCAUCGCCGAGGUAACUGGCCAACCCCAUGCCAUCACUGCCGAACAAGGAGCCGCACGAGCCGCUCUUCGACACUUGAUUGCAACUGAAGUACCAGUGAUACCUCCUAUUUCUACUACCAACAUUUCUCAAUUGUCAAACUCUAUAUCUCAACCAAUAAUCACUCAUAACCCCGAUCUCUCAGUUUCCGAUGAUUCUGAUGUGGUAUCGGAUCCUUUAGAGCGUUUGAAGGGGGAAUCAAGCGAUUCUUCGUCAGAGGACGAGCUUUCGGCAGAGACAAAAGGAAAGA